AUGUCGUCCACCAGCAACGCCUCCAUUGACAAGUUCAACGGAGACAAUUACGCAACGUGGAGCCGAUACAUGCGCGGUGUGUUUUUGACGAAGUCCGUCUGGCACGUCGUCAACCGUGAAGUGACUCCGACUUUCACCGACCCGCGAGCGUCCGAUGACUACGUCAAGGCAAGCAACGUCGCGUUUGGUAUGAUGCUGCUGCACAUGAACGCGGACUACCAUCAUGUGCUGGACAACUGCGAGGAAGCCUGGGUUGCGUGGACAAGUCUGAAGACGCUGUACGGUGGGUCGCAGAAGGCAGGACGCAUCUACCUCAAGCGACAACUUUUCAGUAUCAAGAUGGCUGAAGGCGCGAACGUCAUGCAUCACUGCAACGAGGUCCUCAACAUCUCCGCCAAGCUUAGCGGCAUCGGUGCGAAGAUGGAAGACGAAGACGUUGCAAUUUGUCUGCUACUCAGUCUUCCGAAGAGCUACGAAAAUGUGGUGCUCAACAUGGAAAUGAGCAGCACCGAGCUUCGCACUCAAGAUGUGGUGAGAGUCCUGACGAAUGAGCAUGCCAAGCGUCAAGGAGAAAAAGGGACAACGACAGCGACUACGGUGAAGGCUGAAGAUGCAAGCAAGGCAUUCAGCGCCGAGCGUGAGCCCUACCAAUGCACGUAUUGUGGCAAGGUGGGACACACGGUGGAUCGUUGCUGGACAAAGCAGAAGAACGAAGGUCGGGGAGCCCGACGCGGCGGCAAUGGUCGUGGACGCGGGGCUAACAAUGUCCAGUGGGGACAUCAUGAUGAAGGCAAUGGCUACGAUCGAGUGGCGUUUGCAGUCUCGUUCGAAUGUGGAGUUUCGACGAGCAAGGACGUGUCUGGAAUGUGGGCCGUCGACAGUGGUGCAACGCACCACAUUUGCCACGACAAGACCAAGUUCGCAAGUUUGGCAGAGCGCAAUGAGGGCGAACUCUUGGUGGCUGAUGGCAACAAGGUGGCCAUCAAGGGUGUGGGAACCAUCAUGGAAAAGGUGGUUCUGCCCAACGGUGAAGAGCGUGAGAUCGAAAUCAAGAACGCGCUAUAUGUUCCAAGUAUGAGCAAGAACCUGCUCUCGGUACCACAGAUUAACAGCCAUGGCAAGUUUCAAGUCGUGUUUGACGGGUCCAAGAUGUAUGUGACUCUCAAGAACUCACAGCAAGUGGUGGCGACAGCGGAUCUCGUGGAUGGACUCUACUGGCUUCGGACGACUCAACGAUCAGCGAAUGUGACAACAAGUGGAACCAGUUGUGCCGAUCUACAUGCGAGAAUGGGUCAUGCUCCAGUCGAUGUACUUCGCAAGAUGAUCGCGACCAACAUGAUCAAGGAUGUGCGAGUCCCUCUCAAGUCGGGUGGAGCAACUACAUGUCGAGGAUGUCAACAAGGGAAAAUGGUCCAAAAACCAUUUCCAAGCAACCGAGACAAGCGCAGCUACGAUACGUUUGAGCUACUUCAUCUGGACAUCUGCGGGCCCAUGGAAAAGGAUUCGCUCGGUGGCAGCAAAUAUUUGCUGCUGAUCAUCGACGAAGCCAGUGGAUGCAUGAAGGGCUUUUGUCUACGAGUGAAGUCCGAGAGUGAAGACUACAUCCGGAAAUAUAUCACCAUGGUACAGACGCAAUUCUGUAAGAAGGUCAAGUUCGUGCGACACGACGGAGCUCGCGAGUUUGCAACCAACUCGCUUCAACUGUUCUACGAAGACGAAGGCAUUGAACAGCAGACAACGCAUGCUUCAUCAUGCCAAACUGGACAAGUGUUUCUGGGCCGAAGCAGCGAUGACGGCCAUCUACGUCAAGAAUCGACUGCCGUCACCUAA